AUGGCCUCCGCCGCCGUGACUCUCCGGCGGGUGCUGCUCGCGUCGGCCGCGCUCCGGCUCGCGCUGGUGGUAUUCGGGGAGUGGCAGGACGCCCACCUCGAGGUGCGCUACACUGACGUCGACUACCUCGUCUUCUCCGACGCCGCCGCCUCCGUCGCCGCAGGCGGAUCCCCGUUCGCCCGCGAGACGUACCGCUACUCCCCGCUCCUAGCCUUCCUGCUCCUCCCGAACUCCCUCCUCCACCCCGCGUGGGGCAAAUUCAUCUUCUCCGCCGCAGAUUUGCUUGUCGGGUUAUUCAUCGACACCAUUCUGAAACUACGAGGAAUCCCUGAGAAAAUGCGGAUGUGGUUUGUGGUAGCUUGGUUGCUCAACCCCUUCACAUUCACUAUUGGCACAAGAGGAAACUGCGAGCCUAUAGUCUGUGCUGUCAUCCUCUGGAUUCUCAUAUGUUUGAUGAAGGGUAGAGUAUUGCAGGCAGCAUUCUGGUAUGGCCUCAUUGUGCAUUUCAGAAUUUACCCAAUCAUAUAUGCGCUUCCAUUUAUUAUAGUUCUUGGCAAGAGUUAUGCUGGUCCUGCUGGUAGACCUACUCUUACACUGUGGAGCUCGGAACAACACUUACAAAAUGGCAAAGUUAGUCAAAGAGAAGAACCGACAUCAUUUGUGGCCACUGUAUGGGAUUUUCUUUCAAGCUUCAUAUCAAGAAAUGCAAUCCUGUUUGGGUUACUCUCAGGAUCUAUGUUCUUUGCCUGGACUGGUGUUUUCUUCUACCUUUAUGGGUGGGACUUUCUAAAUGAAGCAUUACUUUACCAUCUUACUCGGACCGAUCCAAGGCAUAAUUUCUCGAUAUAUUUCUAUCAUAUAUAUCUGCACCAUCAGCAAGGGUUCUCAAGUAUUCAGAGGCUUGCUUCAUUUCUACCUCAAGUGAUUGUACAAUUGGCACUCAUCCUACGCUUUUCUAGGGACCUUCCAUUUUGCAUGUUUCUCCAAACGGUUGCAUUUGUUGCUUUUAACAAGGUGAUGACAGCACAAUACUUCGUUUGGUUCUUUUGCCUGUUGCCCCUCAUCCUCCCCUGGACGAGCAUGAAACUCAAGUGGAAGGGUCUGGCCUGCAUACUAAUGUGGAUGGGGUCUCAACUGCAUUGGCUCAUGUGGGCUUACCUGCUGGAAUUCAAGGGCCGAAACGUCUUCAUACAACUUUGGGUUGCAGGUCUUGUGUUUCUUGCUGCAAACACAUAUGUUAUGAUCAUGGUGAUGAAGCACCACAAGUACACCCCGCUAUUCUCGGUGAAGUCUGGAAGCAAGAUUGCUAUCAAGAAGGAAUAGCAUAAUUGCAAGCGUUCCAUUUUGUGAACUGAUGUAUUGUUGGAACAGGGAUCAUGAUUUUGUUCUGUACUACAUCUUUUGUAAUUUUGUUUGUGACUGACGUGGUGACUUUUCAUGAGAAGUAUAUUUAGUUAUUAUUAGAA